AUGUCGUCCACGUUCACCGUCACCGUCGACAAGCGCGUCGCGCCGGGCAAGCCCGCCUCGCGCGGCUUCCCGCUCACGCUGACGUUGCCCAAUGCGCAGCCGACGCUGGCCAACCUCAAAGCGGCCAUUGCGGCCAAGUCGGCGCGCCUCACGGCCGAGCGGCAGCGCAUCACGACCGAGGACAAGAAGCCGCUCCUCGACGACGCCCGCUCCCUGCCGGACCUCGGCGUGCAGCCGGGCCAGACGCUCUACGUCAAGGACCUCGGCCCGCAGGUCGGAUGGGCCACCGUCUUCUUCACCGAGUACGCCGGUCCCCUCUGGAUCCACCCGCUCAUGUACACCUUUGCGGGCACCAUCUGGAGGAAGCAGUUUGAGCCGAGCCGCAUGCAGACCCUCGCCCUGCUCCUCGUCCUGGCCCACUACGCCAAGCGUGAGCUCGAGACCCUCUUUGUCCACCGCUUCUCCAACGGCACCAUGCCCCUCUUCAACAUCUUCAAGAACUCGUUCCACUACUGGAUCCUCUCGGGCGUCUUCCUCGCCUUCGGCGUCUACUCGCCCUACUACUCGCGCGACCGCCUCCAGGGAACGCUGCAGGACUCGGACGCCUUCCUCGCCGGCUGCACGGCCGUCUUUGUCCUGGCCGAACUCGCAAAUGCCUACUGCCACCUCAUCCUCAGCUGGCUCCGCCCCGCGGGCACCCGCGUCCGCAAGAUCCCGCGCGGAUUCGCAUUCGAGCUCGUCUCGUGCCCCAACUACACCUUCGAGAUCCUCGCCUGGUCCGCCUUCACCGUCCUCACCCUCAACCCGGCCGCUGCUGCCUUUGCCGCCGUCAGCGCCGGUCAGAUGGCCAUCUGGGCCGUCAAGAAGCACAAGGCUUACAAGAGGGAGUUUGGAAAGGACUACCCGAGGCGCAAGGUCCUCGUCCCCUUCGUCUGGUAG